ACGAGCUGCCUCGGAGGGAGCGGUCUCAGGACGGCAGCGGGGCUGCGCUGAGGGAGAGGGAGCGUUCGGUGGAGAGCCAGCCCACGGACGAGGAGGACAGCCAGGGCAGGAAGUGGCGGCUGUUCCGCAUGGGGGAGCAGGAAUACCGGGUGAACAUAAGCGUGCUGGAGCCCUACCUGAGAGUGCUGUCACACGGGGGUUACUACGGAGACGGCCUGAACGCCAUCAUUGUGUUCUCGUCGUGUUACCUGCCGGAGAACCACGUCGAGAACUACGAGUACAUCAUGGAUAAUGUUUGCAGGUAUGUGAUCGGGACCCUGGACCUGAUGGUGUCGGAGAACUACAUCCUGGUGUACCUGAACGGAAUGACCCCCCGCAACAAGAUCCCCAGCAUGGGCUGGCUGCGACAGUGCUACCUGACCAUCGACAGGAGGUUACGGAAAAACCUAAAAGCGUUCCUGGUGGUUCACCCGUCCUGGUACAUGAAAGCCCUGACGACCAUCGUUCGACCUUUCAUCAGCACCAAGUUCAGUCGGAAGCUACGUUUCUUGAAAAGCCUGCAGGAAUUGUCCGAGCUGAUCUCGAUGGAGCAUGUGCACCUCCCAGAAUGCAUCACACAGCUUGACAAGAAAAUCAACAGUUCUUAGAAGCAGCAGAAGUAUUUUUGUAUCCUGUGAGAUGCCAGCGUUCUGUCCAGUGUGUGUGGUGUGUGUGUAUAUAUAUAUAUAUAAAUACAGCGAUGUACAGGGGGAUAUGACUGGGUGCCUUGGGAAACGUACUUUCUAAUCACCCUGUACGUAGGAGCAGGAAGUGGUUACGCAAAGCAAUUCGCAAUGCAUUCUGGUAUUUGGAGUCCUGCUUCACUUAAAGGGCACAUAAGGAUCUUUUUAUUUUUCCCAUGUUCCCAUGUUGCUACAGCUGUUUAUGUAAGGUGUGUGUGUGUUGUUUUAAUUUUUUUAAAAAAUUUUGACCACUUUUUAAAACUUUUAAAUUGCAUUCCCUGCCUCAGGAUGGCUUCCUGCAUGGACCUCUCAGAACUACAUUUCCCAUCAUCCUCCUCCUGCUCACAUAUGUAACCAAGAUGAAUUUACCAGUGAGCAGGAGGAUGAUGGGAAAUGUAGUUCUGAGAGGUUCAUGCAGGUACAUGGGAAGCCAUCUUGAGGCAGGGAAUGCAAUUUAAAAGUUUAAAAAAGUGGUCAAUGUCAAAAUAAAUAAAUAAAUAAAUAUAUAUUUAUUUAUUUAGCAGACGCCUUUACCCAAGGCGACUUACAGAGGCUAGGGUGUGUGAACUAUGCAUCAGCUGCAGAGUCACUUACAACUACGUCUCACCCAAAAGACGGAGCACAAGGAGUUUAAGAGACUUGCUCAGGGUCACACAAUGAGUCAGUGUCUGAGGUGGGAUUUGAACCGGGGACCUCCUGGUUACAAGCCCUUUUCUUUAACCACAGGACCACACAGCCACCUAAUUAAAUUAAAACAAUACACACACCUUACAUAAACAGUUGUAGCAACACAUGGGAACAUGGGAAAAUAAAAAGAUCCUUAUGUACCCUAUAAUGAAACGAGGAUGACAGUUUUAAAAAUAUAUAAUAAUAAUAAUAAUAAUAAUAAUAAUAAUAAUACUACACCGGCCCGUGCUGUGGACAGCCCGAAGCUGUAGCGCCAGGCAGUGGAAAACGAGGCAGUCACAAGAUCAAUUACAAACGUUUGAUAAAGCAGGUCCAGGCUGCCCAGCUGCGGGUGGUUUUUAUAACUGGGGGUGUAACAUGCUUUUAAAAACUGUAAACAACAAAACGCGCUAUGCAAACAACUGUUAUAGAAACACAGCGAGUGUUACACUCACUGUGCACGUGACACAGGCUGGGAUGCCGGUCUUAAUACUAGAAAGAGUUUUUAUAAUGUAAAUGUGUGUUGUGUUUUUUUAUAUAAAUCAUAACUUGUACCAUGUCACUGUAAACAAAACCAAAAAAAAAAAAAAUAGCAGAAUAUUGUAUAACGUUUCCGUUUCAACUGUAUUUUUAGAAGAUGCUUUACCAGAUGGAUGCGGUUCUACAUAGAUAUCGUGUGAUUGAAUUACAGUGUUGUUACAUUUAGGUGUGUACGUUUUGGUUUUAUGUUCUGAAAAUGUUUUAUUUAUCCUUGUUGUGUGUUUUCCUGAUUUUUUAAAAUGUUUUUGUUGUGUAGUCUUACUGUUUUGUAUUUGUCGUGUUCACUGUUGUGCAGGUGAAUUCAUGAAUGUUCUGAAAAAGUGCUACAUUUUGUCAUCAAAAAUUGAAAUAAUAAUAAUAAUAAUAAUAAUAAAAGACUAUAAAGACUACAGUGUUGAAAUGAAUAUGAUGACACACACGCUGCGAGAGCCCUGGGCUGGUGUGAACACAACCCAUCCGCUCCCCAGAUUGG